ACUCCAUCGUUUUCUUGAUCCAAGAAAAAGAGAAACCGAUCAUCCCUACCCAUAUCUAUCUCGGCAUCCCUAAUUGCCAUAGUGAGCGUCGUGGUGGACGUACUUUGUGAGGACGGAGAGAUCCACAUAUGGCGGCAAUGUUAGCAACAGAGCUGCGGCGGCUGAAAACGAAGGCGGCCGCCCUCGCAGCGACGGAAUCGAUGCUGCGUCUGCGCCUUUCUCGCCGGUUGUCAUCCCUGGUGGAACGCCUCUGCGUCAUCCACCGAGUCUGUGCCUAUCCCGAGAAGCAACAAGCAGCUGACAAGAAAGAGGAGGUGGAGAACUGGCUGAAGAAGCUGCAAGAGGCAAUCCUGCGUGCGGAGGACUUGCUGCACAAGCUGAAGCUUAGGCGGCUGCCACGGGAGACGAAGGCACCGGUGGUGGCGAACGCAGCGCGCGAGUUCUUGCUCCGCAUCACGUCGGUGUUCCGCUUUGCUGCAGACCGCAGAUUGAGAGCAACGGUGAAGGUGUUCGACGACCUUGUCAUGUUGGCCGGGAAGGUGUUCUCCGAAGUAGACUCGGCGCAAGUCGUUGAGGUUCCUUUCCCAAUGCCUGCAACCUUUCGCGGAAGAAAGGAUGAUAAAACAAAGAUCAAUGAACUGCUCGAUCAUCAUGGUGGACCUUUGGUUGCCAUCCUGAUCGUUGCCAUAGCGGGGUCAGGCAAGUCGACCUUGGCCCGAGUCAUUUACGACGGUCAGAGGGAAAAUUUCGAGGCUGCAAUGCUAGUAGACCGAUACUACUCUUGUGAAGCAGCAACGAAUGGUUGGAAUCGUUUUCGCUAUCUGCCAGUUACGGAGCUCAAGAUCGCAACAAGUCUCAUAGUAGGAGAAGAGGUAGCACCUCCGAUCACGGAUAGGGUCGAUGAUGGGGAACCAUUUCUGUUCGAUUCGGCAGUGCAUCGAAUCCGGGAAUCACUAAUUGGAAUGAGAUUUUUGAUUGUUCUACUUGACAUCAACAACAUAGCUCGUCCGGAUUUGUGGCAACGGCUGAUGCAGGCCUUACAGGAGGCGUGCCUGUAUGGAGGAAGCACGGUGAUCAUAACCACAACCGACACUGCACUUCAAUCGACCAUGCUCAUCGAACAUCAUUCCUUCAGUUUGGGUGGCUUGUCACGCUUAGAUAGUUGGCUGCUGUUCCAAGAACAUGCAUAUUUUAUGAUCCCAGAUUAUGUGGAGCACCAUUCCUGGGUCGGCUCCGUAUGCCGUGGGCAUCCGUUGUCAUUGAUCAUCCUAGCUAUGAAGAUUCGCUGCACCGCAACGCAAAGUAUUUGGUACGCUUCAUCCACUCCACCUAGUGGAGAUAUUCCUAGACUUUGUUCUGACAUAAAACAGGUGUAUGAAAGAUUGAUCCACGGUGGCGCACGUAGUCCGCUAUCGCCGGACAUACUCCGUGAUUGCUUCACAUUCCUGUCGCUGUUCCCGGAAGAUUACCGUUUUCGUAGGGAGGAGAUGGUCGACCUGUGGGCUGCGGAGAACUCGAUAUCAUUGGAUGAAGCCGAUACCUACGUCAAAGCUUUCGUGCAGGAAGGCGCCUUCGUCCUCUGCGAGCCGCAGGAUGAACAUGACGGUGAAAGCACGCCUCGCGGGGUGGCAUACAAAAUGCCAGACCUUCUCCCCUACUUUGCACAGCAUGUCGGUUCCAGCAGUGUCCACUCUACGCUGACGCCUGGAUUCUUUGGUUCGACGCUUUUUAAAACGAAAGGCUUCCCUUCGAUCUGCCAGCACUUGUCAUGCGUUUGUGAUCCGAGGUCACCAGAGUUUCCGAUGGACGUGCUCCUUAAAGGCUCCCCAUGGCUGCUGCGCACACUGCUGCUACUAGCUGCAUCAUCGAAUGAGAAGCGCGAGGUGAAGGACGAUGCUGAAGGUAUCGAGUUCGCAACUUUCACACUCCUCCGAGUGUUGCAUGUACGUGGAAUCACAUUCGGAAAAUUGUUUCGUGGGGUUGGAGCGCAUUGCAAUCUGGUUUACCUCAACGUUUCACACAGCGACACCGAAACACUCCCUGAAUGGAUCGGUGACCUUCCCGAACUGAGGAUCUUGAAGCUCUCUCACUGCCAGAAGCUCCGCAGACUUCCCAAAUCGAUCACCCGGCUUCGGUACUUGGAGAAGUUGGACCUUGAAGCUUGUUCCUUGCUUGCAGGAAGUUCGCUGGAAUGGGUCGGCAAACUUUUCCGACUGGAGCACCUCAACCUUUCACAAAUCGACUUGAAGUCACUUCCUGGAUCCGUAGGCAAGCUUUGGACGUUGAAGGCCUUGGUACUGGCAGACUGUCAGAGAAUUCGGAGGCUUCCCGGAUCAAUCAGAAAGCUCCUGUGCUUGGAGAAGCUGGACCUUGAAGGGUGCCAUUUCCUGGAGGAGUUGCCUGACAACCUGGACAGCGUGAUGAAGAGUCUCAAGCUUUUGAACCUGCUCCGCUGUCCCUCCUUGACUCGCAUGCCUCUCGGUAUCGGACGAAUGUCGGCACAUUUCCCUCGCUGGAGAUGCCCCAAACUUGAGCCGCCCAGCUAUUCUAUCCCAUCCAUUACGACAUUGACAAUGUGGAUGAACAACGAGAAGCUCUACAGCUCAGCAGAUCUCAGAAACAUGGCUAGGAAUGUGACGAAGCUCUCGGUUUCCUUGUGUCAAGAUCUUGGGGCAUCCUCGACGACGUGCCAGGGAUUCUGGGGCUUGACCUCCCUGGAGGAGCUACAGAUCUCCGCAUGCCAGAAUUUGACAUGUUUGCCGGAGGAGAUGAAGCAGCUCAGUUCCCUUCGAAGCCUACAGAUCAUUAGCUGCAGCAACAUGAAGAGUCUGCCAAAGUGGUUGGAAGAUCUACCUUCCCUCCGUUCCAGAGGAAUACCGUCUCGUUUAGAAUUAAUCAUCGAAGGCUGCCCUUUGCUGCAACGACGAUGA